UCACCUCCCCUCCACAUUGACGGUUCACCCCGCGAUAAUAGAGACAUCCGAGGUACCUAGGUCUACAUGAAUAAAUCAUACUUAAAAUAAAACCAUCCGAAAUAUCUGGUGCCGCUCAAAAAAAUACCUACAUGUAAAAACUAGCAAAAUGGUAGCCCGACAUAUCAAGACAGCUGGCCUCGUAGCCAAUACCGCAAGUAACCAAAAAGUAUCCGAGAUCGUGAAAGGAAUGAUAGAUGACGUUAAGGCCAACGGCGAUAGAGCUGUGAGAUCUUACUCUGAAAAGUUCGACAAGUGGUCGCCCCCGUCGUUCAAGUUGACAGAGAGCCAAAUUCAAGAAUGCAUAUCGAAAGUACCCGCUCAGACUAUACGAGAUAUCAGAGAGGCGCAGAAGAACGUCAGGAGAUUUGCCGAGGCCCAAAGAGCAAGCAUCAAAGACUUUGAGGUUGAAAUCCAGCCAGGGGUAUUUCUGGGUCAGAGAAACAACCCUAUUAGCACGGCCGGCGCUUAUAUACCAGGGGGGCGUUAUCCUCUACUCGCCUCUGCUCAUAUGACUAUAUUGACCGCAAAGGUUGCGGGUGUCAAGCAUAUUAUCGCUUGCACGCCACCCAUUUCGGGUCAGAUCCCCAAUGCUACUGUGGCGGCAGCACAUUUUGCUGGGGCGGAUGAGAUCUUCUUGCUCGGGGGUACGCAGGCCAUCGCCGCCAUGGCUCUGGGUACAAAAUCGAUCAAGAAGGUGGAUUUCAUUGCCGGUCCCGGGAAUCCCUUCGUCGCAGAGGCCAAGCGACAAUUAUUCGGAGAAAUAGGUAUCGAUCUCUUAGCCGGACCCACCGAAGUUCUCAUUGUCGCCGAUGAGCAUGCGGACCCUUUUACCGUUGCUGUGGACCUGCUCUCCCAGGCCGAGCAUGGACCAGAUUCACCCGCUGUAUUGAUCACAACUUCCGAGGAUGUCGGCCAGCGGACAAUCCAAUAUGUUGAUCAAAUCCUGAAAAACAUGCCGACAGCAGAACUCGCAGGAACUUCGUGGCGAGAUUACGGAGAGGUGGUCAUAGUAGAUAACUUAGACGAGGCGUACGAACUUGCAGAUGUGUAUUCAAGCGAGCACGUGCAGAUCCUAACACAGAAUCCUAGAGAGGCUCUAGAGAAGAUGAGGAACUACGGCUCUUUAUUUCUCGGUGAGAAGACCUGCGUUUCGUACGGCGACAAGUGCAUCGGGACGAACCACGUGCUUCCCACGCGGAAAGCAGGAAGAUACACCGGCGGAUUGUGGGUUGGCAAGUAUCUUAAAACCCAGACGUACCAGGAGGUAGUAGAUGAGAAAGCGAGUGGCGAGAUUGGACGUCUUUGCGCGCGCUGCUCGAGAGCCGAGAACUUCGAGGGGCAUGCAAGGUCAGGGGAUUUAAGAGCGCACAAGUAUCUUGAAGAUGCAUAUUCCUGGAUCGACGAAGCCAGGACAUAGUAUACCUUAGGUUAGGUACCUCUACCUAAUCUAUGGGAAUUUCGAAGGUGUCUAUUGUAAGGUAGGACCUAGGUACCUAGGUAAAUCGGUUGCGAAAAGUGAACAUUGUUCCGUCCAAGUACCAAAACGCUCAAAAGAAAAUAGGAGUGCCUCCUUUCCCCGUCCCGCUGUGAACU